AUGGAGCCUGCAGAUUACCCUAGUGAGGUUCAGGAGGACUGGACAAAUCGAGAAAACAUCGAAACGAUAUGCACAAGCCUGAAAACAGUUGUAGAAUUUCUAAACCGGUUUUACUCAUCAUGUCGUAUAAGACUUGCCGAAAUGGACAACCGUCUUAAGACUCUCGAACGCAAGAUGGAUCGUCUUGAUGCGCAUACCGCUUACAAUGUGACUAUACAAGAACAGAUUCGCCGAAACGCUGCAGCCUAA